UUAGUCCAUUGAUUAUGGGGUGGUUUCCGGCAGGCGGCAGCGGCCGAUUUUUGGUGAUGGGCGGAGGAGAAGCUUCGGCGACCGGAACUGGAAGAAGACGGAUGGCUGACCAGGGUAUUUUUGUCUAAACACAAAUAAUUCUUUUUUAUAUAUUUAGCUGAUGUUUUAGGCCAAUUAUCCAAGUUGUGAUUCUCCGCUGUUCGUCCUUAUCUUAAACUAGACUGAGUAGAAUUAGAUUAGAAGUUAUAUAUAUGUCAUCCUCAGCUCUUUAAAAACUUCCGGAAUCUAGUCGAUCUAGUCUAGCUAUAAAAUUCAGGUCCCAACUCCCGAGCCUUUCGUUUUCCUCGGCCUAAGCAAAAUCUUCCAAACCAAAAAAAAAACUCUACUCCUUAUUACAGAAGCUAGCGCGCAUAAUUUUUAUUGUGUACGAAUUGAAGAGCCGGCCGGCCAGCCUGAUCGGAGUGAAAAUAAUAUAGCUAGCGGGGUUCGAAAUAUAUAUACUAUGUGCAAAGUGGUGGUGGCGGCCGGAGUUGUGUGCGCGGCGGCGGGCUUGGCGGCGGUGAUGGUGAGGCACCGGAUAAAGAGUUCCGGGCGGUGGGCCAAGACCAUGGCUUUAUUGGAAGAGGUGCAGGAGAAGUGCGGCACACCGACGGGAAAGCUCCGGCUAGUUGCAGAUGCCAUGACCGCGGAGAUGCACGCCGGCCUUGCCUCUCAUGGCGGUACCAAACUCAAGAUGCUUAUUACCUUCGUUGACAACCUCCCCACCGGGGAUGAAAGGGGGGUGUUUUAUGCGUUAGACUUGGGCGGGACAAACUUCCGUGUGAUGCGUGUAGAGUUGGGAGGAAAGGAGAAAGGAGGGAUAGUGAGUCGAGAGUCUGAAGAGCUCCCAAUUCCUCCGCAUUUGAUGUCAGGAUCGUGUCAUGCCCCCCUGUUCGAUUUUAUCGCCGCCGCGCUCGGAAAAUUUCUCCAACAAGAACCUCAUCCUCCGCCGCCCGGAAGGCAAAGGGAAUUGGGUUUCACCUUCUCCUUCCCUGUCACACAAACCUCCAUAGCAUCCGGAACUCUUAUAAAAUGGACAAAGGGUUUCUCUAUACAAGAAACGGUUGGACAAGAUGUCGUACAAGAGUUGAGAAAAGCCAUUGAAAGAGCGGGCCUUGAUAUUCGGGUGGCUGCUUUGAUAAAUGAUACGGUGGGAACAUUAGCGGGAGGUCGAUAUAGCAACCCUGAUGCCAUAGCUGCAGUCAUAUUAGGUACGGGAACCAAUGCUGCAUAUGUUGAAAGGGCAAACGCAAUACCAAAGUGGCAGGGUUUACAGCCCAAGUCGGGAAAUAUGGUUAUCAACAUGGAAUGGGGAAAUUUCCAAUCUUCACAUCUUCCUCUUUCCUAUUAUGAUAAAUGUCUUGAUUCUGAGAGUCUAAAUCCCGGAGAGCAGAUAUAUGAGAAGCUUAUUUCUGGCAUGUAUCUCGGAGAGAUUGUGCGUAGAGUAUUGUGUAGGAUGGCUGAAGAAGCUUACUUUUUUGGUGAUACUGUCCCACCAAAGUUGAGGAUGCCAUUUAUUAUAAGGACUCCACACAUGUCUGCAAUGCAUCAUGACACAUCUGUUGAUCUGAAGGCGGUUGACAACACACUUAAGGAGGUUUUGGAGAUACCUAACUCUUCCCUGAAAAUGAGAAAAGUAGUCGUGGAGGUGUGCGACAUCAUUGCGACCCGUGGAGCCCGCCUUUCGGCUGCAGGAAUCUUUGGUAUCCUCAAGAAGUUGGGAAGAGACGGCCUGAAAGCGGGAGAGAUUAACCACAAGAAGUCUGUAGUUGCGGUGGAUGGGGGGCUGUUUGAGCACUACACAAAGUUCAAAACAUGUAUAGAGAGCACUCUCAAAGAGUUGCUCGGGGAGGCUUACCAAAACCUUGUGAUUGAGCUUGCAAAUGAUGGCUCAGGUGUCGGAGCGGCCCUUGUGGCCGCAGCUCAUUCACAAUACCUUGAAGCGGAGUUCUAAUAUAAACUUUACUCUGUAUUUAUAAUAUUGUAUGUUGUUUGAUUUACUAACGUUUUGUAUAACAGUAAUACAAGUAUUUACUUUGGCUACAGAACGGUAGUUUUAGUUUGCUUGCAAUAUAACCAUUUAAAAAAGAUUUUUUUUUUCAAUUCAAGAUUGAAUG